CGCUGUGAAGCAACUCCGGCAUGCCGUGGGACCGGCAGGACGUUGGAAUAACUUGGUUUGUGUAUCCUGUUUGUGAUGUCACUGAGUUGUCAAGGUGACAGCCUUUUAGUAUGGAUAGUGAAGAUAUUGCUGAGAUCCUUCACCUAAGUGUAGGUGGCUAUAAAUUCACAGCUCGGAGAGAGUCACUGUGCAGGUUCAAGGAUUCCAUGCUAAGUGCCAUGUUCAGUGGCAGGUUUCCGCUUAAAAGAGAUGACACAGGGGCUUGUGUUAUUGAACGCGAUGGAAAACUCUUCAAGUUUCUUUUUGAUUAUCUCCAUGGGGAUUUUCAUUUGCCUGAAGAUGAAGAGACCCGCUUGGCUUUGCAGCAAGAAGCAGAUUAUUUUGGUGUACCUUUUCCUCUGUCUUUGACAGAGCAUUUAGUGACAGAAUUGGUGUCUGGAGCUCAAAAAGAGGGCAUCACCGUGAAACAGGCUUUGUCAGAGCUCUGUGGUGCAUAUGGCCAGGUUCACACAUAUCCCUCAGUCUGGGUCCUGCACUAUCUGAGUGCUUGUGGAGCAAGUUGUGACAACAAGAUUCUUGGUGUUUUUGGAAGUAAGGAACAGGGGAUGGAGAUACUGGACAGAGAACUGGGAAAAAAGAAAAACAGCAAGAAUAUUCACUGCAGGGAAGCAGAUGGCAAUAUACAAUACAUAUGGAGUUACUAUUCCCCUACUGAGCUUGCCAAGAUAAUGGAUACCUUCUCCCACUGGGCCGGACGAGGAAUAAGCUUCUGGAGGGUGCCUCAUGAAUUGAUUGAAUGUUGGACACUAGAAAGACGAACUUUACUGGAGAGCAAAGAACCUCUUCUUCUAAUAAACAAUAGGUGGUUUUCAUGCAUGGAAAAAGAAGAGAUGGAACCAAGUCCAAAACGUGUUUUUAAGCGCAUUACUUUUUCUGGGCCUUCCACCUGUACAGCAAUCAAGGUUAAAAACUCUGGAAAAGAACAUACUGGAAAUGACUUUCCAAGCAAGGAAUCUGAGGAAAGAGCUCAAAAUUCUGUUACAGGCAUAACAUUUGAAAAAUCCAGUAAUGGAUCUGGGAAUGAAAGUCAACCUGGGGUUUCUGGCAAAGGUCUUUCUAAUAAGGAUACAGUGAGGACUAACGCUGUUGGAAGUUUCAACGAUUCUGGACCUUCAGGACUGAAAACUCAGAAAAGCAGCCGCCCCAUUCGCUUGAAGAGGCCUGCACCUUUCAACAAAGUCAGGACAGUGCAAACUAAUAAGGUCUUUGAACUGGAAGGGCAGAAAAAGUCGAUAUUAAUAUCAAGUGAGGAUCAAGGAGAAAAAGAGCAAAGACACAUGCAGGAGCAAAGAGAUGUGGUAAAUGAUAGGGAUGGAGAGGGCUGAUGCAUUUGGAUCAAGAGGCAGAGGGUUGGAUAGUUUGAUAUUUUUUUUUUGUCUUUAAUCAGCAGACUAAAAUUGCUUUUACCUGCUUUGAAAUCCAUGUAAUGUGUUCUUACAGGCAUUGCCUUCAAAGGAGUCGUAAAGCUGUCAGUGUGUUUUACAGGUCAUUGCUGUGGGUUGGUAAUCAAAAGAUACAUUUAGCAUUUUAAUACAUUUACACGAGAAAAGAAAUAAAAUGGUAACUUAUGGUAUUUAUGAAUAAAAGUACAAAAGGAAUGGAAUGAAAUGAAAUGAAUCUUGCAAUGUCUGAUAAUUUAAAAUAUAACAAAUGCUUCAGGUUAUUGGUGCAUUUCUUAGUCUCUCUUAACUGCUACAAACUACUGCAGAGAGAGAUGCGAAUAUCAUAUUUAUUUUAUUUUAUUAAAUAAAGAACAAAUAAUUUGUUCCACAAAUAUUUUGCACAAAGCAAGAAACAUUUCAUUACAUGUUAUCACCUGGAAAUAUGAUAUUUAUGAAAAAUUUCACUUUUUUUGUUUUAAACCCCUCAGAUAGUAUCCAGGGGCUGAAAUUACUGCUAACAUUUUUCUUUUUAACAAAUAAGCAGUUAGAACAACAAAAAAUAAUUUUUACCCUGUUAAAACAAAAGACUACUGUUACUUUAGUUGCCAUCUAAAUUUUUGGAGGCUGAUAUGAAAUUUUAUCACAACUGGUCUUAGGUUUUUGGAAUGAUUUUCAGUUUGCACCUAGUGAAGUGCUUUAAAUAAUUAGUGUUUUGAAAUUUACAUUUGUUUAGUUAAUGUAAUUUGGUGUAUUUUUAUUGAUGUGACUACCACCUGAGAAGAUACUGCUACUUUUAUGAUAAUGUUGUUAAAACAAAAGUUACCUUGAAUUGAAAUCAAACAUAAGAUUCUCAUACCCACUAAAUCACCAGAAUGGACUGUAUUCUUGGUGACAUUAGGUGCAGGGCAGUAACCAACCCUUUAUUGGAUGCCCGACCAUCAUGAGGGCACUUUGAUGCAGGUACCCACACGGGACCAAUUCAGAGUCGACAAUCCACCUAAGAUAUAUUUUUUGGGAUGUGGGAGAAAAACUGAAUUGGGAAAAAGCCUUUAAGACUCAUUGAGAUUUGCAGAAUUUAAUUGGACAGGAACAUGGGCUGGGGUUUCAGACCCAGGGAUCUUCAUUCAUAAAGCUGCAGCUCUAGCUGCAGCACCAGCACUUGCACAUUUUAACAUAUAUCUAUGGUGAUUCUAAAUUGGCCCUAGUGUGUGCUUGGUGUGUGGGUGUGCUGUGGUGGGUUAGCACCCUGCCUGGGAUUGGUUCCCUGCCUUGUGCCCUGUGUUGGCUGGGAUUGGCUCCAGCAGACCCCCGUGACCCUGUGUUUGGAUUCAGCGGGUUGGAAAAUGGAUGGAUAUCUUACUGAGCAACAAUAAUAGAAGGACUAUUCUUGAAAUAGUGUUGCGUUAUUUGACUUCUGAGCAGACCUCUGCCAUCAUUACUUAUGUCACUAUAUGGUUGUGUGGCAAAGAAGAAAUUGAGUGAUUUUUAAAGUAGUUGUUAGCUGUCCUAGAUAAUUUAUUCACAGUAACUUAGUACAUCUUCAAGAUUGACAUUAAUAUGUGCAUUAAAGCUAAGAGUCUGAUGGUUUGCAUUUUCCUAACAUCUUAAAUAGUUUUUAACAGCUGCAGAUAAAAUUUGAAAAAAGACAAUGGGGUGAAGUAGGGACAUUCAUUAGGAAAGUAAAGGCAUAUAAUAGGAUAUAUUUAUAAAAAUAGAAAGGUUGAAGCAUUAACUUCUUGUCAAAAACUGUUCCUUUUCCUAUUAUUUCCUUUUUUUUUUAAAACAGAUUGUUCCCUGUAUCAUCAUGUCAUAGAAAUGAAAUUUUCCUUGUUAAAGAAUACAUAUAAGACACCUAUUGACCCUCUUGAGGUUAAAAUGGAUUAGAAAGAAGCAGUGGAAUUGUAUGUAUGUAUGUAUGUAUGUAUGUAUGUAUGUAUGUAUUGUUACUAAUCACUCAUGCCAUGCAGUCAUUACUAAAUGAACCAGUACUUUGUCAUAUUAUAUUUUUUGGAACAAAAAUAGUCUUACAAAACUAGAACUUUCUGUUGUUUUUAUUUUUUUGUUCUAUUUAAAUAUUCCUAUAUUGGUUAACAAGGUUCUCCACUGUGUCCAUCAUCACUUUUCAGCCAACCACAUCUUUCUGCAGUGAUGUUAUUUAUUGAAUUAAAACAUGUUACUGGUUCUUGCAUCAGAUUGAAAAAUAGAAACUGAUAAAUAACAAUUUGACUUCUUUCCAUAGUCCAGAAACAGCAGGGCUGUUCUGUUUAGCACCCAGCUUGUAUUUUUGUUUCAUUCCCUUGGACCUUUCCAUCACCAUUUUCAGUGUCCACUUGGUCUAUAGUAUCAGGCUCAAGAGAGACGCCGACAUUGGCUGGUUUGCCAUUCCCCUGCACUCAUUCACACACCACACUUACCCACUGUGGGACCAUUUAGGUCUCAGUAGUUGGUUUUUCACACCCUGUUUACUGCAUAUUACAGUCAUAAUGAAGGUUCA